CAAAAGACGAUUCCCAUGUGUUUCAUUCUACACCACCACUACCACCACCACCUCAACAACAACAACAAUAACAACGACAAAUACCCUGCCCCGGAUGCCACUAUUGAAUCGAAGUAUAUGAGGGUAUCUCGGCAGUUCUUGUUUGCGUCGGAACCCUGCAUUAUCGUGAUGAGGUAGCGCAGAUUUCUUCUGGACUGACGCCUUCGACGCCUGUUUGGCCUAUUCCGAAAGUUGUGGUAGAGGGCUCAAAUGUUGUCAUGGCAGUCGACCCAUUAUCGCCCAUUGCGCCCGCGCGCAUUCGGGCGCUUCUUCUGCCUGCAGGGCGCAUAAAGAGGAAAACGUUUGCCCACUUCGUUCAAGCACUUCAAUCAGAGUGCAAUGUACGAUUGGGCGAUGUGAGCCCUGAUUUCACGCCAAAUAGGAAUCUGUUUUCCCCUUUGGCUUUCCCAAGUGGUAUGUUGUUGUACGACUUGGCGACAACACUCCCUACCCCCUCCCAGCUAGCUCUAUCACCAUUCGAGCUCUUCAGAGAGCCAUUCGUGAUCCUCGGCAUUGCGGAUGCUAGCGAGCAUGAGAAAUUGUUCGAGUCUUCAAAGUCGAGUGAAAGUGACUCAUCUCACCCUGAAUUUGAAUCGCCACUUUACGAUGCGGUCUAUCGAGUUCGAGAACAAUUCCCAAAUGCUCUUGUUCAUCAGCUACUUGUCUUCAAUUACGAGCGCGUCUCUAGACAUUGGUCGCUUCCCGAUGAAGCUACCACCGUUCCUCCUCAGGCAAGGUGGAAAACAACGACCCUCAAGACUAUCAUGUGUGACUUAUCCUCUCUUUUGCUGGCUGAGAUGACAGCCUUUGCUCGAUCACUUCAAGCCCUUCCAACGAUACCCUCUCCAUCAUCUCCAGAAUCUCUCACGGCGGAAGGCAAUCCAUCUAACACAAAGACUGUUCCUCUGGACGCAAGCAGGAGGAAUUCCCAGAUGGCGCCGUCCACACGCCCGGACUCUUCCACAACUCCUACGCCUACUGGUCUAUAUCGAAUGUCUAUGCCCCCAAAGAUGCCAUCUUCUGUUCCAGGAUCUAGUCCGCUCUCGCCAUCCAGUGAACCUCGUUCCCCCCCUGCCAAAACGUUUGACGAAAUACCCGGCGUCAACAUAGCCGAAGUUGUCGCAAAAUCUAGCAGCACGUCAUCCAAGUCAAAACCUGCAAGCGAAAGCCGGAACUCAAGCCAGGAUAGAGUCUCCGUUCAUGGAUUCGGGCCUGGGGGAGUAUUGGAAAGAGCACGUAACAAGGGCAUUGGGCGAGUCGGCCUCACGGUUGGCAGCUUGUAUUUGUGUGCGGGUUUGUGGCCUGAUGCUUUGAGGGAGCUGACUGAACAUGCAAACAAUGCCAAGAAUCUAAGCGACCAUCUAUGGCACGCCAAAGGUCUAGAAAACAUUUUGGUUUGUCUAAUACUUCUAGCAUGGCGGCGCGUUGACUUUCAGAUACCCCAAAUAUGCUAUCCCAAUCCAGAGAAGACCAUCAACUUGCCCAAUAUUCGAUCUCCACAUCACACGCCUUCCAAUAGCAUCACAUCCAUUUCUGGAGGGUCCCCGAGAUCUUCUUUUCAGAUUGCGGCAAUUCAGAAGCUAAAUGCCGCUAUUCCAGACCUCAUUACAAUGAUCCUCAGCAUAUAUGGACGAGCCAGUAACUUCUCAGGAGAAGCGAUGCCUUUCAAGGCACAUUCCGAGUGCAUAAUUCGUCUAUCCAAAUACUUAGCCAUGUCACAUAUAGCUGGUGGGUCUUUGACGGACCGAGCGUUGGAAAGUAUUGUGUGUGACAAAUCAUACGCUUCCAAGUCAAAUAUGAACAUCUCACGAAUCACAAUCUCUCCUACCAAGAACGACAUUGCGGCGAUGGUGCUUCGCGCCGUACCUCUUCCCACAGAAUUAGCAAAUAUGUCGAUUGCGGAUGGGUCCAUAAUAUUGACAGGGAUCGCAUCCGUGCUUUCGACCUUACGACUGGAUCGGAAACGUGCGUUGGUAAUGAAAGAGCUCAUAGCAUUCAUGAUACCAGCCAUCGUCCAGGCUCGUAAGAUUGGUGCGGCGGAGAUGGGCGUUCAUCCAGCUGCUGGCCUAGGGCUUAUGGGUGGCGGUGGAGGUGGAGCAAAUGAUGGUACCCGGCUAGGCGCCUCUGAUCCGGACACUGGCCUUAUAGAAUUUCUGAAUCUGCUUGGGCGCAUAUAUGGCGUGUCCCAUGGAACACAGACCUCGAAUAUACCUUUGCGUGGUCCCAAUGGCGAUCAAGUGAAUGGUACGGCCGUCCCGCCGUCUUCAACGGAUAACCAGGGUCGGCGACGGUCCAGUGUCGUUUUAGAACGCAUACAAAAUCGCGCCCUUAUACAUGAUUUCGGGAAUCUAAAUCUGAAACUCGACAUCCUACGCAUGUGUAUCAACUUUUGCGAAGCGCUCCCGGACCUGAAAGGUGUUAUGCACUUCACAGCGGCUCUUCUACGUGCCGCUGGUCCUGGAAAUGCGCCAAGACCGGACAGUCCGGAUGUAUACGUGAAUCUAGCAAAGGACGAGCAACUGCGACACGCUGCAACGAUCAGUCGCACCACCAGUACAGCUCGUAAACUCGGUCUGGAUGAUCUUGAAACAGACUACUGGGACGAUUUUCUAGUCCGCAAUGUAUCAAUGGUUGAGUCAGCCGAGUCGUCUGCAAUGAAAAAGCACCGCCGAGCAGAUCUGGAAGCAGUCAAGUUGGCAGAAGACAAAAGAAAGAGUCCCUUCAUCCAUGAUCCAUUUAUAAAGUCUCAAGAUCAAGGCACUGAGACGCUUCUUGUUGCAGGUGACGAGAAUGAGUUUCACGUUACAUUACAAAAUCCGUAUGAAUUUGAGGUCGAGAUAGAGAUGCUAGGCCUCGUCGGUGAAGGUGUCGAGUUCAAGGCCGAGGAAAGUGAUCUACAUCUCGGUCCAUUCCGAACACAGAAGUUUUCUGUCAUUGGGAUCGCGCAGCAGGAUGGGAAAUUGACAAUCACAGGAUGCUCUAUCAAGAUCAGAGGCUGUCGACUUCAGACCUUCCCUAUCUUCGUAGAACCGUGGAGUCCAGAGCCGAGCCUCAAGAUAAAGGGGAUUGGUCUAGAGGCUUCAAUCCCGCCGCCUGUGUCACGGCCUGUCUCAAACGUAUCAACAUCAUCCGAACCGAAUCUCCCCACCACAACGAAUGAUCCGAUUCCAAUGACGCUUACGCUCACCGUGCUCCCGAAACAGCCUCUUUUGACAGUAUCAUCUGUAUCCUUGGUGCAAUCAUCUCUCAUGCUACUCGAGGGCGAACGUAAAUGUUUUAGGAUCAGCGUAAAGAACACAUCCAAGGAUACCACUAAUGACUUCCUGCAUGUCUCCUUUGAAGACACCACUACGACCUCUCAACGAAAUACAAUGAGCAACAAAGAUAUCCCGAGAGCAGAGCUGCAUGAACUCGAGGUUCAAGUAGCAAGAAAUCCACCACUGCGCUGGCUACAAGCAGACGAGAAGAAUGCUGCAAAUGUCGCACCUCAGGAGACAACGACCCUCGACAUCGAGGUACUAGGCAAGCCAGGGCUGCUCGAAGGGAAAGUGCAGAUCGAUUACGCAAGCAUAGGCACAGAACUCACAGCAGACCAUUUCUAUACCCGCCAAGUCUCAGUCCCCAUCAAUUUUACCGUAAAUGCCAGUAUUCAGCUUCAUCGCUUCGACGUUGUCUCCUUCGACCGCAAUUGCACACUCCCGGUAACCCAACCCUCAACUUUUCAACCUCUGAGCAAUCUUGCGACGCCGUCAACCGAGAGUUGCAUGCUCCUCCUCGAUUACCGCAACGCCUGGCCUACGCCCCUUACAAUAUCCAUUUCCGUCCUCCAAUCAACUUCACCAGCUACUUCAAUAGAUACUACGCCCCUGACUUCCUCCGACAUCACCACCGUCACAGAGACCAUUCAGCCUGGCCAUACCUCGCGCUUUGCCAUAAUUCUCCCGAGACUCUAUAUCAUGCACCCACACGCACCAAUCCCCUCACUAAAUCCCGCCAACCAGCGCCAGUUUGUCGUGUCCUCUAUACAAGCCAAUCCGGCACUUGAGCGCGCUGCCCGCGAGGCAUUCUGGUUUCGCGAAGCUCUUCUGUCACGCAUUCGCGGCUCCUGGACCGAAGAAGCGUCUGGUCGCACGGGCGCUGUAGAUGUUCGUGGGAUUCGGCUCACUGCUCAAAUGGUUGAGGCGCUACGAUUGGAUGAUAUCGAUAUUGACAUGCGCGUGCUGGAAGAUGCUGGCUCGGGUGAUGACCAAAGUCAUAUUAGGACCGACAGUGUGACGCGUCUCGCACAUUCGAAAUUCAUGGUGCAGCCGCAUGCAUUCGUCACACUACGCACAACGCUGACGAAUCGCUCGGCACAUGCCAUCCAUCCGCUGCUGCGGCUGCAACCAAGUCUGGCCAAUGUACCACAUAGUGCGGCGCUGGACAUAGCGAAGAAAUUCGCAGUGAGCGGCGUGAUGCAGCGGGCAUUAGGGCCAGUACGAGCGGGCGAGAGCACAAGUGCGGACGUUGGCAUUUGCGCCAUGUGUAGCGGGGUUUUUGAGAUGGGAGCGACGGUCGAGGAGGUCAGGCCGUGGAAUGAGGUCGAGGGAGAGGAGAGUCGAAAGGAGGUAGAUGUGCUAGAGGAAGGCAUCGUGGGCAACCUGGGAAGGAAGAUAUGGUACUCUAAAGAAGGAUGUGUGAUAGUCGCAAAGGACGAUGAAGAAAGAUAGAUGAGUGUCGAGUGGAUAGUAGACGAGGGCCUAAGGUGUAUUAUAUGUCUCCUGGAUAUUUUCCAGUACCCCUGAUAUAGAAAAUCGGUAGAUAAGUGGACGACACUACGAAAAUGAUACAUUGAGUCCUAUCGGCGAUUCUAAUUUCGAAC